AUGCCAGGAUGUUUAUCCUGUGAAGGGCGCUCCUGCCCCUCCUCCUGCCCUGAGUCCUGGAUGCUUGGUGACUCAGCCUGGGCUCCAGCCCCUGCCUUCCUGGAGUCUUUGGUACUGCCUCUAACUCGUGUCUCUGCUGUGUUCCACCGCAGGGGGAAAGUGUGUCCACAGGGGACAGGAAUGAGACCUGCAUAUCUGGAGCGUCCAGAUAUGCAAACUGGAGACGUUGGUGGCAACCUGAUGCCUGGCUUCCUGGGCCCUGACCCCUCCAACCUCCCCACAUUCCUGGGUACCUACAGGGAUUUUGCCAUCCACUUUGAGUAA